GACGAAUCUAAACAUAGAAGCUUCGUAAACCCACUCGCAGAGCUAGGGCAACAGGGACGAUCGUGGUAGUAUAUGAUUCGCCUCACUGCCUCACUGCCUUGGAGUUGGGCCGCGUACGCGCUAGUUCUGAUAUCUCGACUUCUUCACUUCAGGCCCACUCAAGCUCGUCUUCCACGCAACAUGACAUCACCAACGUCCAUCUCCAACGCAUCCUCAUGAGCUGACUGCUCACUCCGCUCACUUCUCAUACAUCAGUCCAUCACGUCCGCGCAUACCGAGUGCGGCGUCACAUUCGGCUGCCAUGUUCAUACCACGGGAAGCUGGCUCCUCCGAUCUCACAUUUUUUUUAGACUCGUAUACAUCCAUAGCACUCGAGACAUCGGCUCAUUUACCCAAGAAGGGCGCAGGGAGCUGGUCCUCGCUGAUCGGCAUUGUCGCAGCACUCGUGGGCAACGUUCUCAUCAGCGUCGCGCUGAAUAUCCAGCGCUACGCACACAUCAGACUGGAACGAGAAGCAGAGGAGAAAGAGAGGCGGCUGAAGAGAGAGCGUGCAGAGAUUGAGAGUGCAGGGUAUGGCACGAAUGGCGUUGGGUCACAGUCUAUAGAUGAUAUGGAUGGAAAGAGGAGUAACGGGAAGAAUGUUGAUGGUCAUGGGGGUGAUGCAGAUAGCAUUGAUACUGGAGAGGCAGAGCCGCUUCUGUCGAGGUCUGGUCACGGACGCGCAUCGAGCGACUCGGAGGCUACAAUUCGACCUGAUAGCGAUGAGCUGCGCACGACGAAUUACCUCAAGUCGCCGUACUGGUGGACUGGUAUCAUACUUAUGAUCAUCGGAGAGGCCGGAAACUUCCUCGCGUACGGCUUCGCUCCCGCUUCGAUCGUCUCACCCCUCGGAGUCGUUGCUUUGAUCUCAAACUGUAUCGUCGCGCCUAUCAUGUUCGGCGAGGUGUUUAGGAAGCGGGAUUUCUUGGGCGUGUUGAUCGCGGUCGGAGGUGCUGUGACGGUGGUGUUGAGCGCGAAGAGCGAUAACCCAAAGCUGGGGCAACAUGAGAUAUGGGACGCAAUUUCACGGACAGAAUUCGAGGUCUACCUCGGGAUUACCUGUGGCCUGAUCGUAGUGUUGAUGGUGCUGAGCGGGAGAUACGGAGCAAAGUCGAUAGUGAUUGACUUGGGGCUUGUUGGAUUAUUUGGCGGCUAUACAGCCCUAUCAACCAAAGGCGUCGCCUCUCUCCUCUCCUACAGGUUCUGGCGCAUCGUUACUUUCCCCGUAACCUACCUUCUCGCCUUCAUCCUCAUCUUCACGGCCGUCAUGCAGAUCAAAUACGUCAACCGCGCCCUCAAGCGCUUCGACGCAACUCAAGUCAUCCCCACGCAAUUCGUCCUCUUCACCCUCUCAGUCAUCCUCGGCUCCGCAAUCCUCUACCGCGACUUCGAACGCACAACCCCGGAAGACGCCGGCAAAUUCAUCGGCGGCUGCGCCAUGACCUUCGCAGGCGUGUGGCUCAUCACAUCCGGCCGCCCGCGCCCGGCCGACGACGAAGAGCGCGGCCCGGAGCCCCCAGACGCAAUCGACCUUGCAACCGGUGACCCCUACACCGACACGCCCGAAACUCCAAAAGCCCGCAAGCGCAGCAACUCGCCUCGAUCACCUCCCUCAUCGGCAUCCCGCACCCUCGACCCCCCCUCCUCCCCACGUCCAUCAACACCUUCCUCCCCAUCCCAUACAGCGACCCCCUCCCGCUCCGGUAUCCCCUCCCCAUACACCUCCCUCCACCGCGCCAUAACAUCUCCCCCUCUCCCUCCCCUCGCACCCACAACCCCAUCCGCCUCCCUCAGCACGCCCAACCUCCCAAUCCCAACCAUCCUCUCCUCCUCCCGCCCCUCUACGCCCACACCCACAACCCCUCGCCCACACACAACCCGCAUCGCCUCCGACGUCGUCCUCGACGCCCCCAGCACCCCCGUCGCCCAACGCCUCGUCAAUGAACGCACCGCUGCGUCCUCGAAACACUCCCCCGCGCCCCCGCUCCUCAUGAAUAGCCCUCUGACGGGUAGUCUGAGCGCUAUGGUGGAUAGUCUGCGGAGGGGUCAUAGUGUGCGUGGACGGCGGAGUGUGGAGCGUUUGGGUGUGAUGAGGUCUGGGACGGGGGAGAGUGGGGUGGAUGAUAUGAGGCGGGGUGGUGGUGGUGGGAGGGAGGGAGAGGAGCAAGAGGACGACGAGAGGAGGAGGAUUGUGAGGGGGCGUAGUCUGAGUAAUACGUUGGGUGAGUGGGUGAGGGGGUUUAUUGGUGAUGGGGCUGGGGAUGAGAGUGGUGGGAGUGGUAAUGGGAAUGGGACCGGACCUGGGAGCGGAAGUGGAGGGACAAAUGCGAUACAAUGAGACGCAAUAAGAUAAUAGAUGAUGAUAAUGUUGUAUGUCCGCAGGGGAGAGGGUGGUCAGGCGUUAUAUAGCAUAGCAUUUUCUACAGCGGGCGGGCAGAGCAUAAGUCAGCCAGCGUACAUGUACGUACAUACGGGACUGUAUUGGAAUGGAGUGGUAUAGAACAUGUGCACGAUCAAAAUCCAACCUUGCCUGUACAGCAAGUGUAGAGUGUAUAUGCAAAGAAGGCAAAUAGUGAAGUCAAUAGUCGAGUGGUGGUAUAUCGCUAAUAUC